GGACUUUCUUUCAGCUUUCAUCUCCCAUCACUUAAUAUUUUGGCCAAGGAUCCCCUUAAGCGUUGAAUCAUGCACAUUAUAAACGUGACGUGUGCAGAGAUUCAGACUCCAGCGGGGUUUGUGUAUGUGAUUCUGCCUGUUUUACUGAAUCACACCAAUAAUCCUGACUGUGAGCAGAGCUGGUAUCUACAGGACGGGCGUCUGAUAGCAGAUCCAGCGAAUCCUCAAGCACUGAUUGAUCCUGUUAUUUCUGUCUCAUCUGAUCGUCUCGUCACGUCUCACUGUGUGAAUCUGAAUCAUGAGAUCAUCUGUGAUUCUCCUGAUGGACUUCAUUUCAGUCGUGUGACCGCAUUCAGAGCGAAGAAUGAAACUGCAGCAACUCCAAACUCAAAUCUCCAGAAUGAAGUGACUCCAGAUCUUCAGCAUUCAGAUCAGUUCUGGUGGCUUUUAGCUUUUUUCGUCAUUGUUCUUUUCAUCAUCUUCUUGAUCUGUUUGAUGAAGCGUAAAAGGAUCUUCAGAUGUUUUCAGAAGUUCAUCUUUCAGCGUGACGAUGAUGAUGAUGAUUCAGAAAACAGGGAUCCUGAAGCUGCUGUCCAAAUGAAGUUCAGAUCUGAUGCUCCUGAUUCACUGAAUCAAUCUGAAUCUGAACAGUUAAACGGCUCCUUGUCCAGAGGAUGAUCGGUUUGAAUCGAUUCAUUAUUUACUCAAACUCAGGGCUGAACGUCCCUGUGAUCUUUGACAUGAUGAUGAUGAUGAUGAUGAAGGGAGUUUGUGUUCAUUCUGAGCUUCUCGACACAUUUAUUCUCAUUCAUCUGCAUCUGUAACGCAAAUAAAUACAUGAGAUGGAAAACACUGAAAGAUCAAUUCAAC